AUGACGCCCACAGACAAGAACAAAUCUGACACCCCCGAUGAGCAGCAGGACGCUUUCGCAGGCUCGCUGACUUCGGACCUCCUCGAGUCCCUGCCACCAGCCGCAACAGCAUCGUUCCAACUCGCCAUAGAAGCCUCUCGCACGCUCAGACUCCUCAACUACCCUUUCGCGCUCUCUCAAACGGGCUUCCACCCCUUGACAAUCGACCAAUCCAUCUGGUCGCCCCAGGCCAACGAACUACCAGCGUCCUCGUCACUUCUCAGUCCAUUCACUGCGAGGACACGCACCAACACUGGGAGUUCCGAGCUUCCUGCAUUGACUGAAUCGGGCUCAUCCCCUCCAUCCCGUCCGUCACCACAGGAUGCCUCGCAUCGUGAUCCCGCUCUGGGAAACAUCCAGCCAACCCCUGGCGGACAUUACAAUCAGACGCACACAUAUGAAGGGCAACCGAUGGCUCAGAUGCAUAGGGCAGUCCCCAAUCGACAGUCCACCUUCGCUCAACAUUGGCCUGCGCCCCUGACGGCCCCAACAUCACCCACCAGCACUGUCCGCCCUCUCUUUUCCACCACCGCAAGCUCGAUUCUGGCGACGGGGGAAGGGAUAUCGGCGCUGGAACACAUCGUACAAGAACACAUGCGGCUCACAAAUCCUCCCCCUAUUCCUAUGUCUCCACCGCCCCCCUCAAACCAUCAGCAUGGCCCUCCUCCAACCAUGCCCACACGCACAUUCGAUCCCGUAGCACCUCGUCGUCCAGGCCAGCGUCAUUCCUAUAUCCCCAUGCACGCCGUCACGAAUCGCAACACCCGCCCGUCACACCAGCCACCAACCCCCCACCGCCCAAUCCUCCCCGGGACAGCCACGGGUGGUCCAUCCGGUCCGCUGUCCACCUUCUCGCCCGCCUACCAGGGCCAGCACUCGCACCAAAACGCCUCGGCCAACAUCCCCGACGCCCUCAACUGUGCUGUCUGGGUGCGCAACCUGCCCCCGGACGUGACGUACCACGAGCUCCUCUCGACGAUCCGCCAUAUAGGCCGCGUCUGGUGCAGCUACAUCAACGAGCCCGACUAUAUCCGGCACGCCACCGCCGCCGCCAAAAUCGUCUUCUUCCAACCGGAUGCUGCGCAGCGGUACCUUGUCCACGUCAACUCCAUGCGUCCCGCCAUCCGUGGCUUCGCGGUGCGCGUGGCGUACAACCGCGUCAAGAUCCCUGCGCAGCUGGACCACGGCAUAAACGCCAGCCGGUGCAUUAUCGUCACCGGCACAAAGGCGUUCGCCCGGUGGACGAACCUCGAGGCAUGGUUUCAACGACUCUUUGUGUUCCAAGUCGACGAGGCCUAG